AUGAGCUGCAAGUCCCUCCACUGUAACCCUUCAAGCGCCACCACAGGGACCACUAUCCCAGAGACUCGACAGAGCACGUCGGCCGUCUCUCAAGGAUCGCUCAGAACGAGGAUCGCGCUCGCACCCCUGAGCCUACCAAAGUUCUCUGGGGACAGGAGGAGCUACUGGCGCUGGAAGAGUAACUGGGGAACCCUCCAAGCGUUAGCGGAACCCACAGGUUCCCCGGAGUGCAGACUCUUCCACCUGAUGGACAGUAUUGCUGAUUCAGUAAAAUGUGAACUUAGGCUGUCUCACUGCCGUACUGCGAGCGAGGUUUUCCGGGUUUUAGAGGACUGUUAUGGUGACGUAUCACAGAUAGCAGACGACAUCAUACUUGAACUACAGGAGUUACCAGGCGUGCGCAACAACAAACCCAGAGAGGUUUUGCAGUUGAUCCAAGCUGUAGAGAGGGCGCUGUUGGACCUAAUAGACCUAGGUUGUGAAGAUGCCAUGAAAAAUCAGUUAGUGAUCCGCUCACUUGAGAGUAAGUUGCCGGACAGUAUGAAGGAAAGGUGGCUUUUGUACCGAUGUGAUCCUGUCAACGAUGUCAGUCCACAGAACCGGUUUGAUAAGCUAUGGCAGUUUCUGAAAGAUCAGAAAACAGUUCUGGUGCAACUGGAGCAGUUGCAAUCCAUCAGGCAGUCUAAUACUGCCAGGGCAGCUGAACCGAGCCCCCGUGAGAAACCAAAGGAGAGACCAGAUCGGAGGAUGGAGAGACGUUCGUUCACCAAGGCUACUGCAAGCGAAACGAGAGGAAAGAUACAGCUAGGCAAGGGACCAAAGGGGGGAAAAGGAGAGAACCCCGUGGCCCAACGGAAGAGCAAGAGGCUGUGUUUGCUGGUCUAGGUCUGUCCCCGGAGCAGUUGGAGGCUGUUCGAAAGGCUUGCACAAACAAAGUGACUUCAAAGUUGUGUGCUAGAAGAGGCUCGGAAGAUGAGGGUUGUCUGAAGGAGCUCCCAGUCCUCAUGAUGUUGUUGGACGUCACCACCACGA